AUGCCCAAUGAGAAUGAUACCUCGGUAUCGAUAAGCAAUAUACGAAGCUUGUUUUUCAGUGAUAAACAAGUUACACAAACUGUUAAUGAUCAAAGCACACCAUUCUUAACUUCAGCCAAAGUUAUCGAUAAACAGAGUCUAGAAUACGUAAUAAGACUAGGAAUAGCGGGAGGUAUAGCAGGCAGUGCUGCCAAAACUUUGAUAGCACCAUUGGAUAGAAUCAAAAUUUUGUUCCAAACGUCAAAUCCUGAGUUUAUAAAAUAUAGAGGCACAUACUCAGGAUUUUUCAAUGCUGGAAAGCUUAUAUAUCUCAAUGAUGGAGCAUCAGGAUUAUUUCAAGGUCAUUCCGUUACGUUGUUGAGGAUUUUUCCUUAUGCUGCUAUAAAGUUUGUGGCAUACGAACAAAUAAGAUCAUUAUUAAUUCCAUCGGACGAAUUCGAAACACCAGGUAGAAGGUUUAUGGCAGGUUCAUUAUCAGGUUUGGCCAGUGUAUUUUGUACUUAUCCUUUGGAUUUAAUUCGUGUUAGAUUAGCAUUUGAAACAAAAAAUUUACAACAUGAAAUGUACCACCAUGAUCAUAAGCAAUUCAUUUCAAGUCACAAAGGUAGAUUAUUCUCUACCAUGGUAUCCAUCUUCAAUGAACAUCCACAAAACAGACCUACAGAUCCAAGAUGGUUGAAAUUCUUCAGAAGAAUUUUACCUGAUAGUAUAGUUUCAAUAUCUAAUUUCUACCGAGGUUUUGCUCCCACCAUAUUGGGUAUGGUUCCUUAUGCUGGAGUUUCAUUUUAUACCCACGACUUGUUUCAUGAUAUUUUCAGAUCAAAAUACUUUUAUCAUUAUACGGUGAAAGAGUCGUUCAUAAAGAAUAAAGUUAAAAUUAAAGACAAGAUAAAUUCAAGAGACUCAAGAGCUCCAUUGAAAGCUUAUGCCCAAUUAAUAGCAGGUGGAUUUGCCGGAAUGUGUUCACAAACCUCUGCAUAUCCGUUUGAAGUUAUUAGAAGAAGAAUGCAAGUGGGAGGAGCUGUUGACAAAGGUAGAUUCUUGUCAUUCAAGGAAACAGCAAAGUUGAUUUUCAAAGAAAAUGGAUUUAAGGGAUUUUUUGUUGGUUUAAGUAUCGGAUACAUGAAAGUCAUACCAAUGCUGGCUUGUUCAUUCUAUGUUUAUGAGAGAUGUAAAAUAUUGUUUGGAAUUUAA